GGUGGUGCGCGAGGGUGCACGUUGUGUACAGGCCUCAUCGCGAGUUUGGACACUUGUGUCGUUGUGGACGGCGCGUGGUGGCGCGUGAUGCGUGUAGGCCUCGUCGCGAAUUUGGACACGGGCCUUGCGCUCUGGAUGGGCGGCCACGACGCCGACUCUGCGGGGGGGUGGUCCUGGAGUGACGGCGCGCCCUUCCAGUACUUCAACUGGGCCCCCGGAGAGCCCGAUGGGCGGCUUGGGAGGAACUGCCUAUCCAUGCGGAUUGAUGGGCAGAAGUGGCAGGACGAGGCAUGCGCGUCCCUGCGGGGCUACAUCUGCGAGAGACGAGGCAACGUACCAGACCCAGAGCCAGACGAGCACGAGGGCUUCCUGCGUGUGUACGCGUGUCGCGGGGAUUCGUUGACCAUCGACUGCCACGGGGACCGCGUGAUACAGAUCCGCUCAGCCACCUGGGGGCGUUCGAGCAACGACAAGUGUGCCGUGGGGGCCCAGACCGGUUCGUGCGUGGUUCCGGGGGCGGUGCAGCACGUGCGCACUUACUGUGAGAACCGGCCCUGGUGUCUGGUCCGAGCCACAGAAGACGAGUUCGGGGACAACUGCCCCACCAUCACCAAGUACCUCGAGGUCACCUACACCUGCGAGCAGAACGUGUGCGUGCAGGGCCUGGGAAUGGAGUCGGGCGCCAUACCAGACUCCAGCAUCACCGCCUCCUCCUCGUUGUCAGGGUGUCCAGCCAACGAGGCCCGUCUCCACAGCAAUAGCUGGUGGUCACCUAACAGCAACGCGGGCUCGUGGCUGCAAGUGGACCUGGGCUCGGUGUUCCAGGUGACCGGCAUCUCAACGCAGGGCAGCGCCCGCACGGACCACUGGGUCACGACGUACCACGUGCACACGAGCUCCAACGGCGGCACAUGGGCCCCGUACCAGGAGAACGGCGCCACAUACGUGUUUGCGGGUAACGAGGACCGGACGACAGUGGUCACCCACCUGCUUGGCAUUACCCCAAUCGUGCGCUACGUGCGCAUCGUGCCCCAGAGCUACGCGAGCACGCCCGCCCUGCGCAUAGAGAUCCACGGCUGCGCACCCAGCUAUGCUGUUCAGUGCGGCAGUCAAAAUCUACUUGGCGAUCACAAUCAGAAGAUAACUGUGCACUGCCCGCCUGGAUGUACCCUGUCUGGGAACAUCGUGUACGGAACGUCCGUCUACCGCGGGGACUCGCCCGUGUGCGUGGCGGGCGUGCACGCGGGCGUGGUGUCAAGUGACCACGGUGGGGAGGUCACGGUGCUGAGGCGGCCCGGCCAGAGCCUCUACCCGGGCUCCACGCGCAACGGCGUCACCUCCCAAACGUACGAAGGCACUUGGACAGAUUCCUUCGCCUUUGCUGAUGGAGAGUUACGGUGCGAGAGUGCCCAAUGGCACGAGUUUGGAAACUCUUGCUACCACCCUGUAACCGAAGCCCUGUCCUGGGCAUCCGCUCGCCGCUCCUGUUUGACUAUGGGCGCUGAACUCAUCUCCCUGGGGUCCUUCACCGAGCAAGCCUGGAUUGAGUCCUUCCUCUACCUGGCAUCGGGCCCGCUGUGGAUUGGGCUCAAUGAUUUAGCUAUCGAGCGCUACUUCCUGUGGUCGGACGGGAGCGACGUGCGCUACACGAACUGGGCCCGGGGGCAGCCAGACGGAGGCUCCGUCCUGGGGCAGCAGUGUGUCGAGAUGAGAGCCUCGGAUGGGCGCUGGAAUGACCAGGUGUGCUCGGUGCCGAACUUUGCUGUGUGUGAGAAACCCAAGAAUCAUUACCCAGCCCCCUCCGUGCCCCCCAUCGUGGACGGCUGUCCACAGGGCUGGCUGGGCUACGCGGACUCGUGCUAUCUGCUCGACGAGGUUGAGUACGCGCGUGGGUUCGCGAAACUCUUCUGCCACGACCACGGCGCCACCAUCGUGCACGUACACGACAUCUACGAGCAGUCGUUCCUGACGGCCGUGCUGGGCAGCGAGAGCGGGCGCUGGUGGCUCGGCAUUGCGGCGCGACCCAACGACCAGGGCGGGGUCGACUUCAUCUGGGACAACGGCAUGGCCGUCACAUACACUCAUUGGGGGCGCAACAUGCCCGACACGCAGGCGGGGACGUGCGUGUCCAUGGAGGCGGGGACCUCGGGCGGCGGGCUGUGGCAGUCGGAGCCGUGCAACUCGCGUCUCCGCUCCGUGUGCGAGCGUCCGCGAUCCGGCCACACCCCAGCCCCCCCGGAGCCCACCCCACCCGGGGGGUCGUGCCGCACCGACCUGGGCUGGGUUGGCUCCACCUCCCUGCACCACUGCUACCAGAUAAACGGGGGGCGGCCGUCCCAGCGGAUGAACUGGCACGAGGCGCGGCACGACUGCCAGCUGAAGGGCGCCGAGCUGGCGAGCUUCCACAGCGCUGCCGAAGAGGCCUACGUGGCCGGGCUGUCGGCCGGGCGAAAUCUCUGGAUUGGCCUCCACGCGUUGGGCCUCACCGGAGAGAUGGAGUGGUCGGACGGGACGCCCGUGGAUCACACCAACUGGGGGCCGGGGGAGCCUAACGACGUGCAGAGUGUGGAGGACUGCGUGGAGGUGUCGGUGUCGUGGGGCAGAUCCUCCUUCUGGAACGACCUCAACUGCGACGCCGUGCGCGACUGGGUCUGCCGCAUCCCGCGCUUCAUUCAGCCUGUGGUGCCGCCCACUUUCCCACCCGACCAGCCCGCCCCCGAGUGUGGCUUCAGUCCAGGCUGGCGCAAGUUCCGUAACGUGUGCUACCUCUACAACGACACACAGCGCACCGACUUCUACUCCGCGUUGGAGAACUGCCUCUCCGACGGAGCCAUGCUCGCAUCCGUGCACAGCCUGGCCGAGCAGACAUACUUGUCCGGCCUGGUGGGCAGAGGAGAUUCAGCCCUGUCGUGGAUUGGACUCUGGGAGAUCGGGAACAUCGAGGGCCAGUACAGGUGGACGGACUUGAGUCCCGUGGGGUUCACCAACUGGGGUCACGGGGAGCCCAACGACGCUGGGGGUGCGGAGCAGUGCGUGGCCAUGUCCCGCCUAAACGGUCAGUGGAGCGACUACAACUGUGGCCAGUCGAGCAUGGGCUACAUCUGCAAGAAAUACCCAGGAGGCUCGCAUACGCGACCCCCCCCCGACCCCGCCGUGGCAUGGCAAUUGCCCGAGGGGCUGGAUGCUCUUUGGCAAUAAGUGCUUCCUGGUGAAGGGCGGCACUGCCGAGGAGGGAGUCCGCUCGAGCUGGAGCGACGCUCGCGCCUGGUGCCGCUACAAUGGGGGCGACCUCGCCGUGAUCAGCACGCACCGCGAGAACGACUUUGUGGCGAGCCACCUGGAGGGGCUGGGAGUGUCUGUGUGGAUCGGCUUCUCGGAUUUGCUCUCCGAGGGGGAAUUCACCUGGGUCGACGGGAGCCGCGUCACCUUCACCAACUGGAACGGCGGGGAGC